GAUGGCAAGAACAGUUUUUGCAUCUGUAUUGCUUUCUUUGGAUUUUCAGAUGUCUCAACUAGGGUUAGCCAGACGGACAAACUCGGACUUUGUAAGUGUGAUUUGUUUCUAUUAACUCAAUGUUAUACUUUUAUAAUGUGUCUUUUGAUUAAAGGUGGGGUACCGAAACUUGAGACUUUGCUUUUUUAGACCCAAAAUGGUCCAAAACUACCGAAUUUCGUAAUGAGACGUUCUGAAAAUUUUUCAAAAAAAAGUUAUGGUCUUUCAAAGUUUUGGAAAAAACGGUCUAUUUUUAGCUAAAAUCUCAAAUUUUGGCAACUUAUCGGUGUCGCAGUGAUUGGAACUCGAUUUUUAUUUGAUUAUCAUCCUUUAAAGUUUUGAGAGGCCAUAACUUUUUUUUGAAAAAUUUUCAGAACGUCUCAUUACGAAAUUCGGUAGUUUUGGACCAUUUUGGGUCUAAAAACGCAAAGUCUCAAAUUUCGGUACCCCACCUUUAAACAAAAUCCGGACUUCCUCGGCAACUUCUCUGCCAACUUUAGCAACUUUAACAAAUUUCCAAGCGCAACAGUUGCAAAAGUUGAAUAAAGUUGGUAUUAAAAAUUUUUCAUCUUCUAUUUGCACAUCACCUUUUCCACUUCUUAUCACAAUGUCACCGAUAACAAAUGCCCAUAAAAGGAAAUUUUUUACAGUCCGACUUCCAGCAUUAUUUUCUCCACAAAAUCAUAUUUUUCGAUGUAUGUCAAACUUUUUUUCUUGGCAACACUUUCUGUGUUAUCUAGUGCCGUUUGCCCAGACAGUAACGACCAGGAAAUCAAAGGACUAUGCUUCAAAUUUGUAGCUCAGCAAGUCACAUUUAAUGAUGCUCGUGAUUGGUGUUUUAACUACAACCGAGCUGCUUCAUCAUAUUUGGCAUACGUCCCUAAUCAGGAAACGAGCAAUUUUUUGGCAUUCUACGCCCGUUCAGCUUUUGGUGCGGAUGCUGAAAACUUUUGGAUCGGGCUCACUAGAGAUGGUUCUUCUGGCUACUAUAGAUGGGAUAACGGAUCUCCAGUUCUAUACACGAACUUCGGUGAUAACAUAGGAAACACGUUUUUCACUGAGAGCAUCUCCAAUACAAAAUGGUAUACACUGGGGGAUUUCGAUAAGAACUACUUUUUGUGCAGUUAUGAUCCACCUGGCAAUUCAACGACAAAAUCUGGAAUAACGACACAUUGAACAACUAGUGGCACUAGAUCACGGAGCUCAUAGGCCGCCAUUUCUUUUCAAUUGCUGAAAAAUGAAUAUAAAAAUUGUUCGAUUAUUUUCAACGCCUUGGUUUUUGCUUGUCAUUUUUCCAAAAUCUUAGAACUUGAAACUAUUGUCAAAAUAAAAAAAACUGCGGUU